CUUCGACUUGGACCACCAUGCUCGCCGUUGCGGUUACGGAUUCUCUUGCUAUUCUCGAUGCAGCAACAGUGAAACGGUCACCUUCUUCCAUUUAUCCUUGCUUGAACCUCUCCUCGCCUCCAACUGCCUGCUCCUGGUCAACGGACAACGCUUUUCUAUUCCUAUCCUCGACGCGAACCGUUCACAAAUACGACCCGACAUGUAACACUCUCGAAGACCUAUUUACCUCUCCAGGAACAGCCGAUAUAUCCCAUAUAUCCGUCAAAGACAAAUGUACAGUCGCAUUCAGCGCUGGAGACAAGGUCCAUGUGCUAGAAUGUGGCCCAACACCGAAGAUUGUCCAAACUUUUAAAUCUCAUAAAUCAGCAAUUACUUCUCUUGGGAUAUCCAAUGACGGCACCCUUCUUGCAUCCACCUCCGCUGGUGGAGCCCACGUCUACAACCUCUCUCAUGGAUCGCACACUGUGCUCCGCGGACUGCCACUAACAGGCCAAUCCAUCCGAACUUGCAGUUUUCAUGCUCACUCCCGCGCGCGUCUUUUGCUCGGUAUUGGGAAGCAACUCGUUGUUUUCGAUACGACACGUCCCUCGGGCCUUAUGAAGACAAUCCCGAUGAACGCAUCGUCUUCUGGUGACAUUGUCUCCGUGUCAUGCAGCCCAUUCAGUAAAACACUAGUUGUGGUCGCCACAUCAGGCGGCAAUGUUGGGCUUGUGGACCUUGAGAAAGAGAAGGGUGUUUUCCGAACUCUAAAUCUCAAAGUUCCCCUGACAUCCAUCUCAUUUUCCCCCGAAGGAGCCUCCAUCUAUGUCGGAACAGAAACGGGAAAGUUACUUAUCUUAGACUUGCGGGCUCUGGAUAAAACACCAAAGAGCAUCGCAGUCAGUGACAGUGGCUGCCGAGUGGAGGCAUUCUGCGUCCAGAGAAAGGUCAAAGGAGCCCCAGAAACUAAGAUGAAUCCUUCAGUGGCAAAAGCCACUAACGAGGUGACCACCAAUGCGAGCGGACGUCUGGCGUCAGCCGUAAAACCAGCCGCUCCACCCUCUCCUUCUCCCAGGAAAGUGGCAAGAGUAUCAACUGGCCGCCGAGAACCCUCUGUCGCACGAAAAUCGUCAGCUGUUUCCUUGCAAAGAAAGGAAAGCAGCGCAGGGUCAACAACGAAGAAAGUGUUCUCCCCAGUGCGAGAUCCACUUGGCAAUAGCAUUAGUCUUAACGAAGAUAUCUCAAUGCAGAUUGAAUCUCUUAGCACGAUGCGUGGGGCUGCCAAGAGGCCUGUCAAAGAAGAGAAGGACAAAGCAUCUCCUGUUUCGAGGCAGCUGAUGAAGAAGAGUUCGAUGAUUAGUGCUUCCACAACGGGCUCUCCGGUGAAGCUCACUAAAACAUCGCCAGUCUCUUCACCCAAGGCCGCGGAGGUUCUGUCACGGACGCGUACCACCUCUUCCGCAGCUCGUGAAGCCUCGGUAGCACUACUAGCACCAUCGACAUCGCACAAAGAAAACGAGCCUCCGCGUCGAACACGCACCGUCUCAUCGACUUCGCGCACCCGUCGACUGUCAAGCACGGAAUCAUCGAUAUCAACGGCGUCAACAAAGUCACGUCCAGCCAGAACCAUCUCCUCGGUGUCACGGACUGGAUCUGACAGACUAUCAGCUCGCUCCCGUGUAUCCAAGACGUCCGUUGGUUCCUCCGCAUCACGCAAUCCAUCUCCGAUCCCACCCGUGCCGCCUCUGCCUGCUGCUGGAGUUGUAGAGCAACGGCAACGCCUUUCUCCCAAAUUCUCGGACGAGCCAAGUCGCACUCCUUCACCAGACCUUCCUGAUAUACAUGAUGACCCGGUAACGCCUUUACCUGCGAAGAAGGGGAUGGCUGUAUUAGGGCUAGGAACACCUGACGUCGAGCGCUGGAUCCAGGCCGGCGAAUUGAAGGAAUUUCCGGUCCAGGACCGGAAAGGGAAGGGGCGCAGCGUUGGUUUUAUGGACCUGAGGGAAGAAGACAGGAAGGAAUCCAGUAUGGAAAUACAGAUAUCCCCUCGUCGGGUCACUCCCAUGGAGUCGGCCUCAUGGGCGCCCUCACCACGGAGACAUCCCAUUCCUAGCUCUCCUGGGGGGACCUCCGCACAUGAUUUCCUCCGCAGUAUCGUUGGGGACGUUAUGUUUGAUUAUCAGAAAGAGACAAAAGCGCAGAUUACUGGGUUGCACCUGGAGAUGGUGAGGAUGAGGCGCGGCUGGCGUAAAGAACUUGGAGACAUAAUGGAGCAGUGCGUGGGCGACUUGAAGGAUUUGAGAGAAGAGAACGGACGGCUUCGAGAGGAGAAUGCCCGGCUACGACGAGGGUAUUAGAAUCCUAACACAUUUUUUGAUUACCUACCACUCAUGAACUUUUUGCUAAUGGCGAACUUUUUAUCUUAAGAUCAGAGAAACUGGUAAAUACAGGUAUAGUAAAAAAUACAGUCGGUCUAAGAGUCGAAUAGC